GCCAAAUACUUUACCGGCACCGACAAACAGACCUGAGGCCCAGAAUGAUGACGCCUUGUUCAGGAACCGGGCCCUGCUUUUCCACGGUCUGGACUGUGCCGUAGAAAGCGAGACACGCCUUCUCAUGAUGUGUGCAAUUUAUACAGCCCGGUGAGCCUUCUCCCCCGGCUCCAGGAACGCAGUGGUCAUUCCGGAACGUUGGAUCAAUGCCUCCUUCAAGUACUCGCGUGUCCGUGGUUGAGGAUGUGGUAAUUCCUGCCCAUUUACUGGCUUCAACAACACCAUCGAAUCAUCUGUGGAACAGCUCGCAUUGUGAUCGAUCAAAGCAGGGCCCUAUUCAGCAGGCAAUCCAGACAGCCGCAUUUGAAAGGGAAUGCGGACGUCUGCGCCGCUCAGCGACUAUUAGCGGCCACCAACCCCCAAAAAUCAGAACAAUCGCGAAUACUCGACGUCUGAGCGAACCGCUGAGUAUAUCCGAGCUGAGCAGCAUCACUGAAAUCCAAUCACCAUGCUUCUCCCCGCGUCCGGACUUUGAUGCCCGUGCUGAAGGGGCACCUUCCAAUUCGGUUCCCGGAACCCGGGAUGGCGCAUGGCCUCUUCCACCACGUCCACAAAGCUACCGAAUUUCUCGCAUCGAAACCGGAACUCGGCCCCGUACAGCGCGACAGGCAGCACGACAUAGCAUCUAUGAUAUCUACCAGAAAGCCAAAGAGCGGCGGGCCGCAUUACAACGGAAAUACUGGGCUCAGGUGUUGUUCGAAUAUGCUGUCUACUUUCUCCUGAUAGCAUUCAUCUACCUUGUCCUCGUUGGUAUUCCACUCUGGAAGGGUGCAGUCUGGUGGCUUUAUUAUGUGGUGCGCUUCGAAUUUGUGAUUCAGGGCGGUUGGGCGAUUACGAUAGGAGUUGCGUUUUUCUAUGCCUUCGGACCCUUGCUCGUCUCUUUCGAAAAGGAUCCUCCUGCAGCACCAGAGAAGCUAGAAGGCCCCAAUCUAGAACACAACCGGAAGACAGCCCAGGCCACAGCCCUACUUGUUCCCUGUUACAAGUCGGCAAACAUCAUUGGACCUACCUUGGAAGCAGCCCUGCGCAUCUUCCCACCCCAGAACAUUUUCGUGAUUGCCAACGGAAACGCUCCGGAGCCACUAGACAACACUGAGGAAGUUUGUCGUCCGUACGGAGUGAAUCAUCUGUGGUGUCCGGUCGGAAGCAAGAUCAUCGCCCAGUUUGUAGGCUGCUAUGCGGCCAAGCACUUUCCCAACGUGUUGCUGAUCGACGACGAUUGCGCUCUGCCGGCCAAUUUCCCGGUCGUGAGUGACCGGUUGAAAGGACGCGUACAGUGCAUCGGGUAUACUAUCAAGAGCGUCGGGCCUGGAUCAUCGCGAGGGGCGUUUUGCCAGCAGGCACAGGACUUGGAGUACAAGAUCUCGGGUCUGCAGCGCGCCUUCGCGGGUGUUCUGGGCAGUGCUACAUUCCCACACGGCGCCAUCUCCUUGUGGCGCACGGACUUUCUCAAACAGACAUUCCAUGAUCAUCCCGGCUUCUCAGUGUCGGAGGACUGGUUCUUUGGAGAUAGCUGUCGCCGGCUGGGCGGGCGCAUCACCAUGUGCUCGGCGGUGUUUGUCGAGACCGAAACUCCAUCGGCGGUGUUCUUCAGCAGUGGUGGCUCUCGCGGAGGGUUUGGCGAGAUGACCAUUUUCAAACAACGCUUCAUGCGUUGGAACUUCUUCUUCGUCAACGGGAUGUACUUCAACAUGAAGUAUAUUCUGUGUAAUUGGAACCUAGGCUGGUGGGAGCUGGGAGCCAAAGUGUUCGUCUUUCAGGAGGUGUACGAAACGCUCCUCUAUCUUGUGGCGCCCUUUAUGCUCCCCAUCUCCUUCGCGGUGCGGCCGGCCUUCUGCGGGAUCAUGCUGGGCGCCACCAACGGCUUAUACUUCCUCAAUGUUGUCCUCUUCAACCUCAUUCACCUGCGCAAGAAGAAGGAGUCUGUCAGCUGGACUUGCUUACUUGUCUACUACAUGCCCUACAAGAUUGUCUUGUUUCUGAUCAAUGUGGCCAGUUGCUACUGGUCGCUGUUCAAGUAUGCCCGCUACUUUGCCAAUCGUCAUCCCAAGGUGAUCGAGGAUGACAAGGCGGUGGAGGUGGUCCUUCGUCUGGAAGAGACAACUAGUCUGCCCUCAGAAGAGACGAAGAUCCUCCCUGGGCUGGGGAGGAGUUUUUCAAUCACGAAGGUACGAGCUCGGCGGCCUACGAAUGCCUCGCAGCAGCCGUCCGUCAGCAUUCGGGCGUCUCUGGUCGGUGUGGACGGGAAUUGGAUUUAG